UAAUACGCAGUGACGCAAUCUACGGAGCCCGAGUAGCGCCGAGAGGCUGCAGGUCUGCUCGCUCUUUCCUCUUAUGGGAACCCGUCGGUACUGGGUGGAAGGGGGUAGCUCGGAUUGUAAAUAUGGCGGCGUGCACAGCCAGAAGUCUGUGUAGUGAACCCCCAUAUUAGUAACCGAAGCGCUGAGUGUAGUGAACCAUGGAGACUGAGGAGGAGCAGCACAUGACCACCCUUCUAUGCAUGGGUUUUCCAGACCCUGUCGCUAUCCGCAAGGCCCUUCGCUUGGCCAAAAAUGACAUUAACGAAGCAGUGGCGCUUCUCACUAACGAGAGCCCCGGACUCGGUUACGGCUACGAGCCGAUGGAGAGCGGGCCUGGGCCCAGCGGGGACGGUGAAACCAGCGGUCGCAGUGGGAGUGGUAGCGGAGGAUUUGACCCUCCUCCUGCCUAUCACGAUGUGGUGGAGGGCGAGAGGAGCAACGAUGAAAAUGGGAAUUGCUCAGGAGGAAACAUCGAGUUUCCUACCACCAAUCUGUAUGAGCUGGAGAGUCGUGUUUUCACUGACCACUGGUCUAUCCCCUAUAAGAGGGAAGAAUCGCUGGGGAAGUGCCUCAUCGCCUCCACGUGCCUGGCAAGGCUGGGUCUUGCUGACGCAGAUGAAAAUUGUAAAAGAUUCAUGGACAGAUGCAUGCCUGAGGCAUUCAAAAAGCUGCUGACAUCAAGUGCUGUUCACAAAUGGGGAACUGAGAUCCAUGAGGGAAUCUAUAACAUGGUUAUGCUGCUAGUGGACCUGGUGGCAGAGAGAGUCAAGCAGGACCCCAUUCCCAUAGGCCUCAUGGGUGUGCUUACAAUGGCCUUUAACCCAGAUAAUGAGUACCAUUUCAAAAACCGCAUGAAAACCUGCCAGAGGAACUGGGCAGAAGUGUUUGGGGAAGAUAACAUGUUUGCCGUCUCGCCAAGCUCCAGCUUUCAAAAGGAGCCCCAUGGCUGGCUUGUAGAUUUGGUAAACCGGUUUGGAGAGAUGGAGGGAUUUUCUUCAAUCCAGUCCAAGCUAAACUCAGAAGAAAUAGAAAUUGGGAAUGUGUCUGCCCUGGUUCAGCCACUGGGUGUCUGUGCAGAGUACUUGAAUUCCAGUUUGGUACAGCCCAUGCUGGACCCGGUUAUCCAUAAGAUGAUCACCUACGUGCAGACCCUAGAAGAGAAAGACCUGAAAGACAAGAGGCUGGUUAGCAUUCCUGAACUCCUGUCAGCCAUUAAGCUCCUAUGCAUGCGGUUUCAGCGUGAGCUCGUCACUGUGGUUGAUGACCUCAGGCUAGACAUCCUCCUGCGCAUGCUGAAGACCCCUCAUUUCAGUGCCAAAAUGAACUCCUUGAAGGAGGUGACGAAGCUUAUCGAAGAAAGUACAGUUUCAAAGACAGUGAAGAACGCCAUCGACACUGAUCGAUUGUUAGACUGGCUGGUGGAAAAUUCAGUCUUGUCCAUAGCCCUGGAAGGGAACAUUGACCAGGCUCAAUACUGUGAUCGUAUAAAGGGAAUCAUUGAACUUCUGGGGAGCAAGCUCUCAUUGGAUGAGCUGUCCAAAAUUUGGAGGAUACAGUCUGGCCAGUCUUCCACUGUAAUAGAGAAUAUCCACACUAUCAUCGCUGCGGCGGCAGUAAAGUUCAACUUCGAUCAGCUCAGCCACUUGUUUGUCCUCAUUCAGAAGAGCUGGGAGGUGGAAAGCGACCGAGUUCGACAGAAACUCCUGAGUUUGAUUGGGAGGAUUGGCCGUGAGGCUCGCUCUGAGGCCACCACUGGCAAGGUGCUGGAGGUACUGUGGGAGCUGGCACACUUGCCCACUCUGCCAACUAGCCUGGUGCAGCAAGCCCUGGAGGAGCACCUUGCCAUCCUGAGUGAUGCCUAUGCCGUAAAGGAGACUGUCAAGAGGAACUAUGUAAUCAAGUGUAUCGAGGACAUCAAAAAGAUACUUAUUCAAGAGGAAUCAAAAUCUACCACGGAGACCCAAGUUUCUUUUCUUACUGGGUCCUGGGGCAAGAAGAAACCAAGCUCAAGCUCCAAAUCUGUUUUGCAGUCAUCUCAGCAGAGUAACCCCCAGGCGGUGUGGGUGGUGCCAGCACUCCGCCAGCUGCACGAGAUCACACGAUCCUUCAUAAAGCAGACCUACCAGAAGCAGGACAAGCAGAGCAUCAUUCAGGAUCUGAAGAAGAACUUUGAAGUUGUGAAACUGAUAACGGGCAGUCUUGUGUCUUGUCACCGGUUGGCUGUGUCAGUGAGUGGCUCAGCAGGGCUUUCUGGUUCAACACUUGUGGAUGGCAGAUACACCUACCAAGAGUACUUGGAAGGGCAUCUGAAGUUCCUGGCCUUUUUCCUCCAAGAGGCCAGCUUGUAUCUAGUGUGGAAUCGUGCAAAGGAGAUCUGGGAGUGCCUUGUAUCUGGGCUGGAUGUCUGUGAGCUGGAUCGAGAGAUGUGUUUUGAGUGGUUCACAAAAGGACAGCAUGACCUGGAGAGCGAUGUUCAGCAGCAGUUGUUCAAAGAGAAAAUUCUCAAGAUGGAGCCUUAUGAGAUUACAAUGAAUGGGUUUAACCUUUUCAAGACCUUCUUUGAGAAUGUAAACUUGUGUGACCAUCGAUUGAAAAGACAGGGAACUCAGCUGUUGGUGGAGAGGCUAGAUUUGACGGGAAUGGAUUUUAUCUGGAGGAUAGCCAUGGAGUCUCCAGAUGAAGAAAUUGCAAAUGAAGCUAUUCAGCUAAUCAUUACCUACAGCUACAUAAACCUCAAUCCCAAAAUGAAAAAGGAUUCAGUGUCAUUGCACAAGAAAUUCAUUGCAGACUGUUAUAAAAGAUUAGAGGCUGCAAGUUCAGCCCUUGGAGGUCCCACUCUAACACAUGCUGUUACCAGGGCAACAAAGAUGCUGACAGCUACUGCCAUGCCAACUGUAGCUACUUCUGUGCAGUCUCCGUCCAGGUCAACCAAACUUGUAAUAAUUGAACGAUUACUGUUACUUGCAGAACGUUAUGUAAUCACUAUAGAGGAUUUGUAUUCAGUUCCUCGGACUAUCCUACCUCAUGGCGCCUCCUUUCAUGGGCACCCAGUCACCCUCAGCAUCACCUACGAGUCGACCAAAGAUACUUUCACACUGGAGGCACACAGCAAUGAAACCAUUGGAAGCAUAAGAUGGAAGAUUGCUGAGCAGUUAAGUUGUCCUGUGGAUAAUGUGCAGAUAUUUGCUAAUGACAGCAUGCUGACGAUGAACAAAGACCAGAAGCUGCUUAACCAGCUGGGUUUCUCAGAUGAGCAAACCUUGACUGUGAAGAGUUCAGGCACGGGCACACCCUCUGGUAGCUCCGCAGACUCCUCAGCCAGUGCCAGCAGCAGCAGCAGCAGCAGUGUCAUCAAUUCAGCCUAUGCCCUGGAGCAGGAGAAAUCCCUGCCUGGGGUGGUGAUGGCUUUGGUGUGUAAUGUAUUUGAGAUGCUGUACCAGCUCGCCAAUUUAGAUGAGCCCAGGAUAACUCUCAGAGUGCGGAAACUGCUCCUGUUGAUCCCCACUGAUCCAGAAGUGCAGGAUGCCCUUGAUAACUUUGUGCCUAAAGAGUCCAGUGUCUGGAGUCAUCAGAAAAGCCUGUUCACAGUGGGUUCAGGGUCUCAGGCAUCCAAGUCUCCCUCAUUGUCUUCAAAGCAGCAGCACCAACAGAGUGCUGCCUCCAUCCUGGAAUCCCUGUUCCGCUCUUCUGCACCUGGCAUGUCCACUUUCAGAGUGCUCUACAACCUGGAGGUAUUAAGCUCCAAACUAAUGCCAACAUCGGAUGAUGAAAUGGCAAAAACCAGUGUGAAGUCUUUCUGUGAAAACUUUCUCAAAGCAGGAGGUUUAAGCCUAGUGGUGAAUGUGAUGCAAAGAGAUUCCAUUCCUUCUGAGGUAGACUAUGAAACCAGACAAGGGGUCUACUCCAUCUGCCUUCAGCUUGCAAGGUUCCUGUUGGUGGGACAGUCAAUGCCAAGCUCUCUUGACGAGGAGCUCAGUAAAGAGGGGCUGGACACACUGUCUUCCCGACCAUUCCGUAACAUCAGCCGACAGAGCAGCCGUCAGCUUUCUCUAUGCGGCACACCAGAAAAGUCUUCUUACAGGCAGAUGUCCAUGUCAGACCGCUCAUCUAUACGGGUUGAAGAGAUAAUCCCAGCUGCACGGGCUGCCAUCCAGACAAUGGAGGUCAGUGACUUCACCUCCACAGUAGCCUGCUUCAUGCGCCUCACCUGGGCAGCAGCCGCUGGGCGAUUGGACCUUGUGGGCAGCAGCCAGCCCAUCCGAGAGAGCACAAACUCCUUGUUCCCCUUGGGGAUCCGAAGCCGCCUCAGCAGUACAGGCAGUAACUGCAGUUCAGGGAGUGAAGGAGAAUCUACAACACUGCAUGCUGGGAUAUGCGUGAAGCAGCAGUCUGUGUCGAUCAAAGACACCAUCAUUGCUCGCGAGGCCCUCUCCUUAUUGGUCACCUGCCUGCAGCUGCGCUGUCAGCAGCUCAGUUCAUUUUAUAACUUGCCUUGUGUGAGUGAUUUUAUUAUUGAUAUACUACUUGGAUCGCCAAGUGCAGAGAUUCGGCAUGUUGCCUGUGAUCAGCUCUACACUCUGAGUCAGACAGAUACCUCAUCCUAUCCAGACCUGCAGAAACCCAACCUGUUUCUCCUGAAAGCCAUUCUGACUGCUCAGCUCCCUUUGUGGUCCCCAACUAGCAUCAUGAGAGGAAUCAACCAGAGGCUAUUGUCCCAGUGCACUGAGUAUUUUGACUUGAGGUGCCAAUUACUGGACGAUCUGACAUCUACAGAAAUGGAGCAGCUGCAGAUUAGCCCUGCUGCUAUGCUAGAAGAUGAGAUUAACUGGCUUGAUAACUUUGAACCCACAUGGACUGCAGAGCUAGAGACCAGUGAGGCUGACAACAUCCUUCAAGCAGGACACCUACGGCUUAUCAAGACUCUCCUGUCUCUGUGCGGAACAGAGAAAGAGCAGCUCGGUGAGUCCUUUUACAAGCCAGGUCCCUCCCUGAUUCAGCAGCUGUUAGAUGAUUUCCUGUUCCGAGCCUCACGGAUCAUCCUGAACAGUAACAACCCUGCUGGCUCAUCUGCCCUCAGCCAGGACUUUCACCCCAAGUGUAGCACAGUCAACAGCCGUCUGGCAGCCUAUGAGGUGCUGGUAAUGUUAGCAGACAGCUCACUGACUAACCUGCAGAUCAUCACCCAAGAACUGCUGUCUAUGCACCACCAGGCUGACCCAGCCCACACCAAGGAGUUUGACUACUUGCCCCCAGUGGAUAGCCGCUCAGUCUCGGGGUUCGUGGGCCUGAAAAAUGGAGGAGCCACCUGCUACAUGAAUGCAGUCUUCCAGCAGCUCUACAUGCAGCCUGGGCUCCCUGAGGCCUUCCUGUCUAUUGAGGAUGAGACAGAGAACCCAGAUGAGAGUAUCUUCUAUCAGGUCCAGUCCCUGUUUGGGCACCUAAUGGAGAGCAAGCUGCAGUACUACGUACCUGAAAAUUUCUGGAAGAUCUUUAAAAUGUGGAAUAAAGAGUUAUACGUACGAGAGCAGCAGGAUGCGUACGAAUUCUUCACUAGUCUUGUUGACCAGCUUGACGAACAUCUCAAGAAAAUUGGUCGGGACCAGAUUUUCAAGAACACUUUUCAAGGAAUUUUCUCCGAUCAGAAGAUCUGUAAAGACUGUCCACAUAGGUAUGAGCGUGAAGAGACCUUCAUGGCCCUCAACUUGGGUGUAACAUCAUGCCAGAGCCUGGAGAUCUCAUUGGACCAGUUUGUCCGAGGGGAGGUGCUGGAGGGAAGCAACGCAUACUACUGUGAGAAGUGCAAGGAGAAGCGAACCACAGUGAAGCGCACCUGCAUCAAAUCCCUCCCCAGUGUCUUGGUCAUCCACCUCAUGCGGUUUGGGUUUGACUGGGAGAGUGGGCGGUCCAUUAAGUAUGAUGAGCAGAUCAGGUUCCCCUGGGUGCUGAAUAUGGAGCCAUAUACCGUGUCUGGGAUGGCCCGACAGGACUCAAGCUCAGACCAUGGAGAGAAUGGCCGCAGUGGGGAAUUGGGAGCGGGAGGUUCUCCACGGAAAAAGGUGACGAUCUCAGAGAACUAUGAGCUAGUUGGCGUGGUGGUGCACAGCGGCCAGGCACACGCAGGACAUUACUAUUCUUUCAUCAAGGACCGCAGAGGAAGCGCCAGAGGCAAAUGGUACAAAUUCAAUGACAAUGUGGUGGAAGAGUUCGAUAUGAAUGAUGAGACUUUAGAAUAUGAGUGUUUUGGAGGAGAAUACAGACCCAAGGUCUAUGAUCAGUCCAAUCCUUACCCAGAUGUGCGCAGGCGAUACUGGAAUGCCUACAUGCUUUUCUAUCAAAGAAUAUCUGACCAGAACUCACCCGUUUUACCAAAGAAAAGCCGAGUGAGCGUUAUGCGUCAGGAGGCAGAAGAUCUGUGUCUGUCUGCUCCAUCUUCCCCCGAAAUUUCUCCUCAGUCCUCCCCCCGGCCACCUCGUGCUAAUAAUGACCGCCUGUCUCUUUUGACCCGGUUAGUGAGGAAAGGAGAGAAGAAAGGACUAUUUGUGGAAAAAAUGCCAGCCAGAAUCUACCAGAUGGUGAGAGAUGAAAAUCUCAAGUUUAUGAAGAAUCGAGAUGUAUACAACAGUGAUUAUUUCAGCUUCACUUUGUCCCUCGCUUCUGUUAAUGCGACCAAACUGAAGCAUCCAUCUUAUCAGGCAAUGGCAAAGGAGAGCCUUGAGCUAGCAGUCCAGUUCCUCUUCCACACCUAUCUACGCACAAAGAAGAAACUCAGGGUUGACACAGAGGAGUGGAUUGCUACGAUAGAAGUUCUGCUGUCCAAGAGCAAUGAAGCCUGCAAGUGGAUGAUUGAAUACUUAGUUGGAUCAGAAGGACGGGAACUUGUUAAGAUAUGCCUUUUGGAGUCCAGUGUAAGGGAAGUGCGGGUUGUUGUAGCUACAGUCCUGGAGAAGACACUAGAGAGUGCCUUACAUUUUCAAGACAAGGGUCUUGAUUUGCUGUUGGAAGCGCUGCUCUCCUUACUGGACAAGGAUGUUCUUGAAAACUGCAAGAACUGUUCCCAGUACUUUUCACUGUUCAGCAACUUUGUGCAAAGGGGUUACAGGUCCUGCCAAAUUCUGUUGAAUCACUCAGCGUACAGGAGGUUGCUUAUUUUCUUAUUGGGACCCAACCGACUGAACAAUCAGAAUCGGCGGUGGAGUUCAGCCCAGGCCCGUGAGUUUCUUCACCUACACAACACCCUAGCUCUGUUGGUGCUGCACUCAGACAUCACCUUCCAGAGGACAGUUGCUUCAGGUCUGUACAAGCAUAGUCCAUUGUUAAGUGUACCUGCAUCUGCCUCCUUGUUACCUCUCCAUGCUGACAUUGAGGCCUUGCUCUUCAAGCCAGAAGGACAGCCCUAUCUUCUGGAGGUUAUGUUCGCCAUGCGGGAGCUAUCAGGUCCUUUGUCUUUCCUGAUCGAGAUGAUUACCUAUUGCUGCUUCUGCAAUGAGCACUUCUCUCUGAAUGUGCUGCAGCUCAUUAAGAAUCAGCUAGAGACUGCUCCUCCACAUGAGCUCAAGAACAUCUUCCAGCUGCUGCUAGAGAUACUGGUUGUGGAAGACCCUCUGCAAGGUCAGAGAUUGAAAUAUGCCUUUGAGUCUGAAAAGGGCCUUCUGGCUCUAAUGCAUCAGAGUAACAAUGUGGAUAGUAGUCGCUGCUAUCAGUGUGUCAAGUUCCUUGUUACACUGGCCCAGAAGUGUGCACCUGCAAAGGAUUACUUCAAAGAGCACUCAAGUCACUGGAGCUGGGCUGUGCAGUGGUUACAGAAAAAGAUGUCUGAGCAUUACUGGACUCCUCAGAGCAAUGUCUCAAAUGAGACGUCCACAGCGAAAACCUUCCAGCGCACUAUUUCAGCACAGGACACCCUGGCCUAUGCCACUGCCCUACUGAAUGAGAAGGAUCAAUCAGGCAGCAGUAAUGGUUCUGAUGGGAGCCCAGCAAAUGAGAACUCAGACAGGAGUCUGCGACAGGGAUCAGAGUCUCCAAUGAUGCUUGGCGAUUCGAAGAGCGAUUUGGAUGAUGUUGAUCCCUAAUCUUUUCCUCCCUGACAGAAGAAUACGAAGGCAAGCAAAAUUCAAAAAUCCAUCGAGUGGCAUUGCAGUGUGGUUACGUGCAGCCAACUAGGAGACUGCAUUGUCCUCAGGAGGGCAUAGGUAGUGGCAAAACAACCAUCAGCGCACACUCCAGAGGAAAGAAAAGUAACUUUGCCUUCUGAUUUUCAUCAAGAGCCAAACUGUUACAGCUGACAACAGAAACGAAGCUACAGCAGUGGAUUGAUUUUUUUUAUUUUGAGAAUAGUUAUCAAGCGGCUAAACAAGAGUUUUAUUAUUGAAAUGGAGUUAAAAGAUGAAUGAGGUGUAGACAUAAACAUCAGUGCUGAUUUUUUUAAUACUACAAGAGGGCGGAAAUGCAGCAAGAGGUUGACAGUUUUAUUUUUUUUUUGCUGUUGUAAUUACAUUGAAAAUAUUCAUAAUGUAAAGAUUUGUUUGAUAUAAUUUGCAAGUGUAAGAUAUUUUAAAGAAGUAUCCUUUAUUCCUUGAAUUGACCUGUGUGGAUGAGAGGGCUUGUUGGACUGAUUUGAACAUUCUCAAAGGAGGAACUUGCUAUAGUAUAUGAGGAAAGUCAUCAUUUAUAAGUUGAAACAAUUUUUUACAAUGCACUUUGAAGUCAAGUUCAGAUUAUGAUUAAGACAGCAUCCACCUGCUUACCUCCUGUAGUUUAACAAAUAAUCAGAAUUGGAGUUGUUUUUUCAAAAGACUGAUUCUGAAAAAGAAGGCAAUUUUAAACAAAUUCUGGAAGGCACACAUCAGCAGAAACUUUCUUUUGGAGACCGUGUGCACUUUAUUUAGAAGUGCAUGCAGCACCCCUGUCACCGAGGCAGAAUCACUGUUUUAAGUGGAAAUAAUGCAUUUAAAAGAACAAAGCUUAAUUUUAAGCUGGUUUUUGUUUAUGAACACAGGCAGGCAUCUCAGACUUUUUGCUUCCCUGAGAAGUAAUGCUAUAGCUGUAAAGUACUGAAAAUGAAAUCACAAUAUUUUGGUUAUAAGGUUGGAAAAACAGUUGCUGACUAGCCUGUGAGGCCUCACAUACCCUUACAUCUUGAGGAUCCUGGUUUCUUUAUGCAUUCAGAUGUGUUCACAGGAAUUGAUUUUUUUACCUUAAUAUUUCAGGUCUCUGUACCUUCCACUCUGCGUAACAGGUUUUGUCUCAUAUGCCUUAUGUGCUAGAAAAGAGCAGAUUUGUGCAUCUUUGAGAAGUGUCACUGUCAGUCUUACCCUGUGUCAAACUCUCAGUUUACAGAACUCGGGAGUCAUGAGCAUGUUUUUCAGACAGUAGUGAGAUAACCUUGAGAUUAAAAGUGAUUAAAGAUCAGUCGUUUGAAAAAAUGCUAUAUAUUUUUUUUAGGUGCCAACUAAUUUAAACAUAAUACUUUUGUAACUAUAUAUGUGUAUAUAUUGACAGCAUAUUUUUGUUGUGUUUAUUUAUGUGGACUUGGUUUAACAGGAAAUGCAGACCCAAUUACAUGUAACACUCAACAAAUUGCAUUCACCAGCACUACAUGAGCAAUGCUCCUGCCUAGGUCCCCUGGUCGUCUCACCUGUGAUAUUGAGAUGUGUGUGUCCUGAAUGCAGAUGUUUCCUCGCCUCUGGAAAUAAGUCAUCCAGGCCUGCCACAGCAUGGGGCUUUGUGAAUUUGCACAGGCCUUUACCAAAACAUCAGCAUUUUGUAGCGUUUCCUCUGGUAGCUUCUCUCAGCAGUAAUCACAGAACCGGUGGAGGUUGGAUUGCUCAUUGGCUACAGCAGGACAGUGCUGCAGCACUGCCCUAUAUAAUCUGCAGUAUCUGUAUCUUCCAUCCAGCACAAUGCCACAGGUUUCAAUUAGUCCCUUUUCUCUCUAUGUCCUGUCAAAAUUAAGCAGUGAAUGGGUAAAAAGUCCCAUUUAUAUGACUUCUGAGGUUAUUCAGUGCUGUAGGUUUUACUCUUUUAACCUAUUUUUUUGGGUGUAGGUGUGAUUAUAUUUUGUGUUUUUGCCAAAUUUUCCUUUCCUUCACAGCUUUGCCUUGGUUUGCUUUUCUUGCCUUAUCGCACAUCUACAGAAAGAGGAAGGAGAGAUCCCCAGAGAAUUACCUCCAAGUACUGCAGGACAGCUGGCACCUGCCUUGAAGGCACAAUCCGCCGCAAGUGCCUUUACCAACCACCCUCGCCUUGUUUUUCACAUGGAUAGAGGAGGGGUUUGAGAUAACAAAUAGGAAAUACUGCAUUAGGAGUUGUAAGGUUUUCUUAAUUCUGAUCAAUUGUACAGCUGGUGUUUACAUCUGACUAUGUUUCUGUCUUGGAUGGGCUGGAGUUGCAAUUGGAGCAGAGUUUUCUUCUGCUAGUCUGCUUGUUCAUUAAGUGCUCAGAACUGAUUCUAAAGUGAAACUUUUUUAUUGUUUUGAAGGAUAAUCAAGCACCCCAGCACUCCCAACAUAAAUUUAAAAAUGCAAAAUUAUUUUGUUUUUAUGUAUUUAACAAUACUUAUGGAAACAAUCUGGACUUCUGUAAAAAAUGUGCCCUUUCCAACAAUGCUGCAGCACUGUCCUUUGCCGUUACUGAAAUCAAGACCAUGAAAUCAUUGGUGAAUAGGGAGGUUAAAAAAUUCUGUAGUCACUAAAGAAGCUUGUGGUAGCUAUGAUUAAUUUCCAGAAUUAUUCAUUCUUAGUAGUUUAUGAAAUGAAAAUGCCAUCUCAUUGUUUUUUUAAUUGUGGCAUGUUUUUCCUCAUGCUGGUUCCAUUCCAGUGUGGCUUUUCAUCUUAUUCUACUGUGCUGCCUCUAACACAGGUCUAGAGGCUGCUCCAGAGGAUCCUUAUUUUUGAAAGGCUCUGCCCUUUUAAGGCAUCAAUUUAUAAAACUAAUCUAAGCUUUAAACAGCCCAAACCCAGUCUAAUAGUGCCAGGCGACAAGGUCUAUAGAACCAACAAACGUUUUAGUUCACUUAAUCUUUUUGGCAGUGUUCCUUGUGGAGACCUUUAUUCUUUAUUUAAACUAUUCAUUUUGUUAUAUCCUGUCAUUACCAAUUUUCAGGAAUUACUCUUGCUAAAAUCUUCAUUUAUGUUCUUUACAUAUGGCUUAAACUAUGUGAGGGAGAUGAAGUGCCUCUCAUUUUCUUAUCCAUGUAUCACCCACAAAGGAUUAGAGCAGCAUGUUGGUCUUCUGUUGCUACUAAGUGCAUUGCAGUCAGAGGCAUUGCUGUAAGUAAUCAGGCCAAAGAGGUCUAACCUAUCAAAUCUGCAUUAAUUCACCAUAUAGUGCAUUGUGUAUGAAUUAAUGUAUGAAUUGCAUUGUAAUCUGACAGAUGUGAGGAGUAUUUUGAGUGUGUCAGUCUUCUUUUGGAGAAACCGAAUUCUCAGCCCUGUUUAAGCAAAAUUAAAUUUAGAAUUUUAGUCCCUUGAAUUGAAAGUGUUUUGAGUUGGAAGUAAAAAGCUUGGUGGUAGUAAGAGGGUGAAACAAAAAAUAUGAACUACUUACCAUUGGGAGAGUAUUGGUUUAUUAUUCCAUUUUAUGGUAAAUUGUAGAAGUCAGAAAACAGAUUAGUAUUUCCCUCAUAACAUUCCCUUCAUUACAAUUGAAUGUGAUUUCCAUUAAGGAUCUUGGGUUUUUAUGCAUUUUUUAGAAUGAUUAAUUUCAGUCAACUACUUCUCACAGCUGGAAACUGCUGCUGACCAAUGCUAAGUUACAGGCUUUUUAAUCUCUGCUGAUCUAAGGUAAUGUUCUUACUUGGUAAUGUGAUAUGAAAACUUUUUUUUAAGAUGAAGGGAACCACCUAAUUAUGAAUAUGGAUUCUACAUAAAGAAGUCAGUAAGCUUUUGAUAAUAUGCAACCUCUGUUUAAUGUCUUUAUAAUAAAAUAAUAAAGCACUGUAGUCUGUUCCACCCAAGACUUACACUUCAGACUGCUGCAGAGAAUUUUAAGCCUUAUUAAGUCAUUUCUUGUGUUUGUUUAAUAAUUGCAAUUCCAUUUUUUCUUUACACAUAUAUCAAAGAGAUAUGGAGUAGUGCAUGAAUACACUCUACAAGUGAAUAUUCUGCCACUUUACUCUCAAGUUGAGGUCAAACUAUGUAAUUGGUUUUUAUUUCAAAUAAGGUGUUACUGUAUUGUACAGAAGGUUUUUCUGCAGCCCAGAUAAGUAGACCUGCAAGAGGAAGAUAGCUGAGCAGUACUGUAAUAGGUUUUUUCACCAGUUCAGUGCCUUGAUAGAGGCAUCCUGUAUGUCCCCUUCCUAAAACUGACCAUUCAUUCAUGCUGUUAGCUUCAAGAAGGAAAACAAGGUCAGCCCACUUGCAAUGCAUGACUUGUUGGAAUGGGAAAGGACUUUGCACUGACUUUGAAGGAGCUGACUGAGACAUAAAAAAAAAAUUGUGCGUUACUUCAGGGGGGUUUUCAAAUUAAAUAUUACACAUGAAUUUUCACUUUUCUUUUGUUUUCCAAAGCCAUGAGUCUACUUCAGAAGGUACCUAGCAGUCCUUUGUUUUUAACACGGGGUUAGGGUGGGUGUUUACAUAAAAUACGGGUUUUUAUUCAGUAAUUUUGCUUUGAACAUUUAUUGCUGAAAGAUCUAUGAAUUGUAAGAAUUCUGUAAUGCAUGUUAAAACCGAAUUUUAAUCUGUACAGCAGAGUUUGAUUAUGGGAAAAUUUGAUAAAAUAAACUGGAAUGGACACCCUUUUAAAAAAUUAGUGUUUCAUUCAUCCUAUAUUGGAUAGUGGACAAAGUUUUCUUUAUACAGUACAUUCAGUGUAUAGUGCUGAAUAAGAUUUUAAACAUUAAAGGGAACUAUGCAAUUAUUUAAAAUUAAUUUAAGAAUGUUCACAUUGUUCAAAAUAUAUAAAUGUACAAACAAGAAAGUGAAGGUUAUGCUGCACUGUAAAAUAAUUACAUUCACUGUAUAGAAAGUACAAUAUGUUACAGUCCGUAAACUAAACAAAUCAGUGCAUCAUGAACCUAGGGUAACUACACCUACUGGUGUACAAUAUGUUUGGGCAAUUCUCACAGUCAUUUCUAUUAAUCAAUCUGGCCUAUUCAAACAUCUUAAAAUGUUAUACUAUAUAGUGCCUGCAGACAUUCAAACAAUGUAGAUUAGUGGCUAUUCUGUUUUAGCCUGAAACAUUUCCAGCCUGGAGCAUGUUUUAGGUCAGGUGUUUUGCUAACAGUAAAACAGCAAAUCAAACAGAAAUAAGAUUUUCAUAAUAAAGCCUCACAAAUUAACAUUUGUCCAUCUGUUUUUAUAUUUUCUGAGGAUUUAAAAUAUAAAAAAUAGUUAUUCAGUUCUCUCUUACAGCUCCAUUUACAUGUAACAAAGCUUGUUGUUUUCAUUUCUUCCAGUAUUUUAGAAAUCUAAAGUUUUGAACAAAAAUAAGUAAAAAAUGUUGUCUUUUACUUAACAAAAAUGUGCAUUGCAACAAUUUUCAGUGCUUUAAAUGUUUUGUUUCCUGUAAUAUAAUUGCUAGCAGUUUGGUUAAGAGCAUAUAUUUUACCAUUCGCAACAAACCACAGUGCUUUGGCACACAAGGAGAUAAGGUAUGACUGUAAAACAGGGACUAGAAAGAUACUGUACAGUGCCUUCAGAAAGUAUUCACCCCCCAUUGAUAAUUUUUGUUCUGCUGUGUUGCAAAGUCAAAUUAAAGCAUAAAUUGAAUUUUUUCCCACUCCUGUAGAACUAAUUCUUUAUCAUGUUAAAUGAAAUAAAAGUAUUUAGAUGUCUUCAGAA